ACUACACAAUGUGGCAAACUGUGAUCACAUUAUGUCUGCUCGCAAAUCUCUCUGGAGUUCGCGCAACUUGCACUUACCCUUAUGUGGCAGUGGGGGAAAAGUGCCUCUUUUUUGCAACAAUGGCCGAUAUACAGUACAGUGAAGCUCGUCAGAUGUGCCACUCGAUGGGCGGAGAACUGGCGGCUGUUUUGACUGCUACUCAGUUCAAGGACAUUGUCUAUUAUAUCUAUGAUUACGGUUAUUCUGGUCAACACUUUUGGCUCGAUGGCACGGACUCGGCGGUGGAGGGCCAGUGGCAGACGUCGGCUGGGCUUCCAUUACCCAUGGGCACACCCUUCUGGGCAACGACCUACGGUAAUAUAGAACCAAAUAACAAAGAGAAUGAAGACUGCCUGGAAAUACACCCUGCAAGAAAUUAUUAUAUGAAUGACAUAACCUGUGAUGCGAUAAAUUCACCUUUAUGUGAGGAGGACGUAGUAUCUUCUUCCAGGAAUGUGACAGCACCCACAUCCUGUCCCAGGCCAUACGUGGAGCUCGCUGGCCUCUGCCUGGCGUUCAUCACAUGGGCGGACCAAGGCUGGGCAGAAGCGCGUCAGACGUGUCAUGGGCUGUCAGGAGAGCUGGCAGCCCUCACCGAUAUUGAGCAGCUGAGAGCAGUCUAUCUGUACCUGCACCAGGAAUCAAUUGCCUUUGACAGUUUCUGGCUCGGGGGCUCUGACAUCGAGCAGGAAGGAAGCUGGAAGUGGACGGAUGGGGAACCCGUCAUCAUGGGAACUCCUUUCUGGGGAUUCAAGGAGAAUAUUAACAGCCAACAGCCUCAAGGAGGAACCGCAGAAAACUGCCUUUAUCUCGACGCUCAGGCUGGCCAUUACUUCUCUGAUGGGGAUUGCGAACUGUUGCUGAAUCCCCUGUGCAUGCUGGAAGGACAGUAAAGGGGGUAUAGAAACUGUAAAAAAACACUGCUGAAAGAAAGAGUAACCUGCAUUGUGA